AUGGAAGUAAGAGACAAUGAAAAUUUAAAAUUUUUUAAUUACAUUCCAAUAAAUAAAGAAUUAAAAAAAUUAUGUGUACCUUGUCCUGAUACUGAUGAAUAUGAAGGAAAAUUAGAUGAAGAAUUAGAAGAACAAUUAAAAAAUGCUUUUGAAGGAAAUGUUCUCGAUCAGAUUAAUGCAAAAAACAUCAAUGCAGAUUUGAAAAGAGAUUUACAAAAAAAAUUAAAUGUUUUAUCUCGAAAAACUGAUAAAGCUAUUAUUGAAUUAAUAAAAAGGAAAAUAAAUGAGAAUAAUGAUAUGUCAACAAAUAAUGAAGACGAAGAAAAUACUAGUAUGACAUUAAACUUCGAAAAAAAAAAUGAUAAAAACUUUGGUCAUGUUUUAUAUCAGACACUCAAUAAAUUAGAUGAUAUGGAUAAAUCAGACUAA